AUGUCGCCUCCAUCCAUCACCGUGCUGGUCACCGGAGCCAACGGGAUUCAAGGCGGUUCCUUGAUUCGGGAACUUCUCAAACUUGCACCAGCUCAUCCGGAAACCUCCCUGGCCAUCCACGCGUUGGUUCGAGACUCGAGUUCCUCUACGUCGCAGUCUCUCCAAGCCCUGGACCCUUCCAAGAUCGAGCUGUUCGAGGGCAACUUCGAGGACGUCGAAUCCAUCUCGCGUGCGGCGGCGGGCUGCACGACCGUCUUCGUCAACCCGAGUCCCGUCUUCACCGACCUCGCGGGCGAAGGUCGUCACGGCCUCAACAUCCUCUCCGCCAGCAGGGCCGCGGGCAUCAAGCACGUCGUCCUGGCCUCGGUCCACGGCCUCGACGCACGCAAGGACCUGCCCAUUCUCGAGUCCAUACCCUUUUUCGCGGCGUAUUUCAAGAACAAAAGCACCAUCGCGGACAACGUCCGCAACCCGCCUCCCGGCCCCAAAGUCCCGGAAGGGUACACGUACACCAUCCUCGAACCCUCGACGUUCCUGACCAACUACAUCCAGCCCAUGAGCCAGAUGAUGUACCCGACGCUCACGGCCGAACAGCCCAACAUGCACGUGGCCUUCUCGCCCACGCUGCGCAUGAGCCACCUCGACCCGGCCGACGUUGGCCGCUUCGCCGCCCACAGCAUCUACGCGGACCCGGACGAGUUUGAGAGGAUGUUCGCCAACAAGACCAUCCCCCUGGCCAGCGCGAACAUGACCAUCUCCGACGUCGCCGACGCCCUGACCCGUGCGGUCGGCCACAAAAAGACCGUCAGCGUGAGCUACAUGCCCAGAGAGGACGCCGAAGCGGUCAAGGCCACCAACGUCAUCGUCGCGUCGCAGCUGUUCCUGAAUGACUCUCCGUACUUGGCAGAUCUGGAAAUGGUCAGAAGCUACGGCAUCGAGUUGGGCUCCGUCGAAGACUUUUUUGAACGCGAAAAGGAGGCAGUCGCGCGCACGUUGGCGUUGUAGUACUCGAGCAGGACGACAAGGAACCCCAAGACGAACACUAGUUGCGUGUCGUAGGGCUUCUUUGAUCAGUAACAAGGCAUCCCGAGGUCAUUGAUAUUCAUCAUUCAGUCCCAUGAUCAAUAUUAUGGAACUCUCUCCAAGGGCCAUGCGUCCGUUCUUAUGGUUAAU